CGGUUGUGUUUUGUUGCGCUGCAGUGUCCGUCGAUCUGUGUUGACCUGUUUAAUUCAUGAGGAUUUCAUACAGGACAGUCGUUUAUCAAUAAUGAGAGCUGUUCCCACAUGGAUAGAUAAAGUACACGACCGCGAUAAGGUUGAACAAUGUAUUUAUGAUCUCGCCUUCAAACCGGACGGCACUCAGCUCAUAGUGGCAGCUGGAAACAGACUUCUGGUGUAUGACACAGCUGAUGGCACACUCAUACAGCCACUGAAGGGACAUAAAGACACUGUGUAUUGUGUGGCUUAUGCUAAAGAUGGGAAGCGCUUUGCGUCCGGGUCAGCAGACAAAAGCAUUAUCAUCUGGACAUCGAAACUCGAGGGGAUACUAAAAUACACUCACAAUGAUUCAAUCCAGUGUGUCGCUUACAACCCCGUCACACACCAGCUGGCUUCAUGCUCCUCUGGAGACUUUGGUCUGUGGUCUCCAGAGCAGAAGUCUGUCUCCAAACAUAAAGUGAGCAAUAAGAUCACAUGCUGCGGCUGGACUAAUGAUGGGCAGUAUUUGGCUCUGGGCAUGAUGAACGGGGUGGUCAGCAUCAGGAACAAGAAUGGAGAGGAGAAAGUAAAGAUUGAGCGGCCGGGCGGCUCUUCCUCACCCAUCUGGUCCAUCUCCUGGAACCCUUCCAAGGAUGAGCACAAUGAUAUUUUGGCAGUGGCUGAUUGGGGACAGAAGCUUUCUUUCUACCAGCUCAGUGGAAAACAGAUAGGGAAGGACCGGCAGCUGAACUUUGACCCCUGCUGUGUGAGCUUCUUCUCUAAGGGCGAGUACAUCGUGAUGGGCGGCUCUGAUAAACAGGCGUCGCUCUACACUAAAGACGGUGUUCGACUCGGCACAAUCGGCGAACAGAACUCCUGGGUCUGGACCUGCCACGUCAAACCAGACUCCAAUUAUGUGGUUUUGGGUUGUCAGGAUGGAACGAUAGCAUUCUUUCAGAUCAUCUUCAGCACUGUACAUGGGUUAUAUAAGGACCGCUAUGCCUACAGGGACAGUAUGACGGAUGUCAUCGUACAGCACCUCAUCACUGAGCAGAAAGUGCGGAUUAAGUGCCGUGAGCUGGUGAAAAAGAUCGCCAUCUACCGCAGCAGACUGGCUAUUCAGCUACCAGAGAAGAUUCUUAUCUACGAGCUUUACUCUGACGACUCCUCUGACAUGCAUUACAGAGUCAAAGAGAAAAUCUGCAGACAAUUCAAGUGCAACUUGCUUGUCGUCUGCUCACAACACAUCAUCCUCUGUCAGGAAAAGCGACUGCAGUGUUUGUCGUUUACGGCUGUCAAAGAGAAAGAGUGGCUGAUGGAGUCUCUCAUUCGCUACAUCAAAGUGAUUGGCGGUCCACCUGGACGAGAGGGGCUUCUGGUUGGACUGAAAAAUGGAGCUAUUCUGAAGAUCUUUGUGGACAACCCCUUUGCCAUCAUGCUACUGAAGCAAAACACGUCUGUGCGCUGUCUGGACAUGAGCACGUCACGCAGUAAACUCGCUGUGGUGGAUGAACACAACACAUGCUUGGUGUACGACAUUCACACCAAAGAGCUGCUCUUUCAGGAGCCCAACGCGAACAGCGUGGCAUGGAACACUCAGUGUGAGGACAUGCUGUGUUUCUCUGGCAGUGGAUAUCUCAACAUCAAGGCCAGUAACUUUCCAGUGCACCAGCAGAAGCUGCAGGGCUUUGUGGUGGGCUACAACGGCUCCAAGAUCUUCUGCCUACACGUGUACUCUAUGGCCGCAGUGGAGGUGCCACAGUCUGCUCCCAUGUAUCAGUAUCUGGAGCGCCGCAUGUUUCAGGAAGCCUAUCGGAUCGCGUGUCUGGGUGUGACUGAUAAUGAUUGGAGGGAUCUGGCCACAGAAGCUCUAGAGGGACUCGAUUUCCACACCGCCAAGAAUGCGUUCAUCAGGGUGCGAGACUUGCGCUACCUGGAGCUCAUCAACAGCAUUGAAGAGCGAAAGAAGAGGGGAGAGAACAAUAAUGAGCUUUUCCUCGCAGACGUUUACGCAUACCAAGGCAAGUUCCAUGAGGCGGCCAAACUCUACAAGAGAAGCGGUCAUGACAGCCGCGCGCUCAGCAUGUACACUGACCUGCGCAUGUUUGACUACGCCAAGGAGUUCCUGGGCUCGGCAGACCUUAAAGACACUAAGCUGUUGAUGAAGAAGCAGGCAGACUGGGCCAAGAACAGUAAAGAGCCGCGUGCAGCUGCAGACAUGUACCUGACCGCAGGUGAACACAUGAAAGCCAUCGAGAUCAUCGGAGAACACGGAUGGGUGGACAUGUUGAUAGAUUUGGCCCGUAAGCUGGAUAAAGCCGAGAGGGAGCCGUUAUCCAGGUGUGCAGUGUUCUUUAAGAGGUUAAAUCAUCACGGUUAUGCUGCAGAGAUCUAUAAUAAGAUGGGUGACAUGAAGGCGCUGGUGGAGCUGCAUGUGGAGGCCCGACACUGGGAUGAGGCAUUCUCUCUCGUGGAGAAACACCCUCAGUUCAGAGACGACGUCUAUGUGCCGUAUGCGCAGUGGCUGGCAGAGCACGACCGCUUCGAGGAGGCACAGAAAGCAUUCCACAAAGCCGGGCGUCAGGCGGAUGCUGUGAGAGUGCUGGAGCAGCUGACCCAUAAUGCCGUGGUGGAGAGCAGGUUUAAUGAUGCAUCAUACUACUAUUGGAUGCUGUCCAUGCAGUGUCUUGACAUCGCCCGAGAUAAUGAAGAGAAGAAAGAUGAGAUGCUGAAGAAGUUUCACAGUUUCCAACAUUUGGCUGAACUGUAUCACGUGUAUCAUUCUAUUCAUCGCUACAUGUCAGAGCCCUUUAGUUCCAACAUGCCUGAGAUUCUCUUCAACAUCUCACGAUUUCUCUUCCACAACUUGACCAAAGAUGUUCCCAUGGGCAUCUCCAAAGUGGAUACAUUGUACGCUCUGGCGAAACAGAGUAAAGUUCUGGGUGCAUAUAAAGUGGCGCGACAUGCCUUUGAGAAACUGCAAGGACUGAAGAUCCCGUCGCGCUAUCAGGACAGUAUGGAGCUCAGCUGCCUGACAGUCCGCUCCAAACCCUACCACGACAGCGAGGAUUUGAUCCCUAUGUGUUACCGCUGUUCUACCAACAACCCUCUGCUGAAUAACCAGGGCAACUCCUGCACUAACUGCAGACAGCCGUUCAUAUUCUCCGCUUCCUCAUACGAGGUUCUUCCUCUGGUGGAGUUUUAUCUGGAGGAGGAUAUCUCAGAUGAGGAAGCUGUAUCUCUCAUUGAUCUGGAGGUUCCUCGUUUGGAGAGGAGGAGCACACGCUGGCAGGAGAUGAGUGGUGGAGACUCUCAGUGUCUGAAGUUGGAUGAUGGCAUUGAGGACCCUGAAGAUGACCCCUUUACAGCCAAACUCAGCUUUGAGGUGAGACAGCAGGGCGGUAGUGCGUUUGUACCAGUGGUCGUGAGUAGAGCGGUUUUGAGGUCCAUGUCUAGACGAGAUGUUUUGAUCAAGCGCUGGGCCAAACCACUCAGCUGGCAGUACUACAGAUCCCUCCUGCCCGACGUUAGCAUCACUAUGUGUCCUUCCUGCUUUCAGAUGUUUCACAGUGAGGAUUAUGAGUUGUUGGUUCUUCAGCACAACUGCUGUCCGUACUGCCGCAGACCCAUCGAUGAACCAAACUAACACAACACUAUAUGAGUGUGUGUGCAUUUAUAAACUCCGUGGAUUAGUCCCACAUGCUGAGUGUGUUGUAUCAGUGUGUGUGUGUAUGAGGUGUGAAAAUGAUUGAGCCACUAGAAAUCUGUAAGUAAAUGCAGCUCAAUGGAUCAGUGUGAUAGGAUUAACUGGAUCAGAACACUCGGCAAACCAAAGCAGAUUACACCCAUUUGACUUGCACAUACUGUACAUGCUCUUUCUUACACUGACUUCAUACAGAUCAUCAUGAGGUACAGAUAGUUAUAUUAGUUAUGGUUUUUAAUAUGUUUACUUGCUGUUUGUGAGCACUACAUAAUCCAGAUAGAUUACAGAUUGGAUUUGUUUUAAAUGUUAAAUAAAAUAAUCUGUUUCAAAUGUAUCUCGUUGUAAUAUAAUCUUACCAAUAAAGUUGACUACAUUUUAAGAUUGCUGCAGCUUCAAAACAAAAA